AUGCCUCGCUUCGGACAACUCGUGAUUGGCCCUGCUGGUUGUGGCAAGUCAACAUAUUGCUCAAUCAUACAAAAACACUGCGAAGCGAUUAAACGCCAAGUAUCUGUAUUAAAUCUUGAUCCGGCCGCCGAAUAUUUUGACUAUGAGCCUAUUGCAGACGUCAAAAACUUGAUUCAAGAUGAAAGCCUUAAGCUUGGCCCUAAUGGAGGACUUAUUUUUUGUAUGGAAUUUUUGUAUCAAAAUCUCGAUUGGCUUGAUGAGGCCAUCGGUGACGACGAUGGGGAUUAUAUCCUAUUCGAUUGCCCUGGACAAAUAGAAUUAUACUCUCAUCUUAAUAUAAUGCCUAGAAUCGUGGAACAUUUGAUGAAUAAAUGGGACUUUCGCUUUGUUACCGUUUUUAUUCUUGAUGCAAGAUUUUUGGUUGAUUCCUCACAUUUCUUGGCUGGUGUGCUUGCUGCGCUUUCAAGCAUGUCAGCAUUCUCUACUCCUCAUGUAAAUGUUAUGUCUAAGCUGGAUUUACUGUCAGAAAAAAAAGAAAAACACGUGAUCGCUAGGUACAUGGAACCAGAUAUGACUGAAUUCUUCGGUGAUUCUAGUGAUGACUGUGAUAAUGAUACCAAUACAGCGUCUAUGGGUUCUAAGUUUUUUCGACUCUCCAAAGCACUUGCGGAUAUUGUUUCACGCUACAGUCUUGUACAGUUUAUGCCUCUCAACAGAGAGAAAGAAGAGACCAUAGAAGCGAUCAUGCUACAAAUUGACACUUGUCUGCAGUAUGACGAAGAAGUGGAUCCUCGAAAUAGAUUGUAUGAUGAAGCCGAACAAGAAAUGUAUGGCUUUGGAGAUGAUUCGAGA